UUGGCAGCUUUGUUAGAAAAAAUAAUAUCGGAUAACGAAGAUAAUGUUGCAGUGGAAAGUGAUGCCAGCUUGGAUGAAGAUUUUAUUCAAGAAUCUGAUCAUGAUUCUUUAUCAGAACAGGAUAUUUUAUCCGAGUCUGAAGUAGAAGAGGCUGAAACUAAGGAUCGACAACGAGAAUAUUACAUUGGAAAAGAUAAAGUAACUAAAUGGCACAGAGUCAAGUGUCGUACUGCAACUAGAACCCGCGCUCACAAUAUAAUUACUGAAGCUCCCGGUCCCAAAGGUCACCUUGAUAGAAGAUCUUCACAACCAGGGUUACCGAAAGCACUCAAGAGGAUGUUGAAUGCUCCUGGAUCAAGCACCGAAGGAAUGUCGCCAACAAAAAAGCAGCGCUGUAUACACGGCGGUACAGACGACAGUAUGAGUGACGACGUGUUUGAGGAAGAUACUCUUCGAGCCCCUGUUCAGCGGAGCACCCCCUCACCCACGGGGUACAGGGACUAUAGACCUGACAGACAGAAGUGCACCGUGGAAGAUGAUAUGCCCAUACAUAAGACCAUACUUCUCGGUGAUAGCGGCGUUGGAAAAACAUCGCUGCUAGUACAAUUCGAGACGGGCAAGUUUCAACCGGGAAACUUCUCAGCCACAGUCGGCAUUGGAUUUACGCCUCAAUGCCGUUGCCCCAGCGACGGGAGCGGGGGAGAGGGUGGUUGGUUAAGGGAGGGGGGUGAGGGCUUCCCUAGACGGGAUCUAGGAUUUACGAGCAGUCGCUACAGGGACGUCGGGCUGACGGUCCCGUGGGAUAGCGCGUGA